UUCUUUCUUCUCCUUCCCCUAACUUCCUCCCCAAUUCACGAGCUCAGAAAACUAGAAAGUUCUCCUGUAGUCUACCCCUCUUGCCUCCGAAACCAGAGUUCUGAUUCGCUCAAUCCGGCUCUGAUUCAAUCUGCUUUUCCGGCAUCCCUUCUCGUUGGUUCUUCCUUUCCGGUAAGAAUCCUGCCCUCGGGGGUGCUCUCUGGGUGCUCUCGGAGGUUUUUUUGGUUCUGCAGUUCUCUAAUCCCUAAACCUAAUUGCGUGAUACAUUCAUGAAUAAUAAGCGGCAUGAUAGAUUCUUUCUCUGAUUCCUAGGGUUUCAGUUUCUAGAUUUUAGUUUCUGAAUUUGGUUUAUAGGGUUUAUUUAUUUUGUUUGACUAAAAAGGAAAAAAUGGAGAGACAGCAAAAUUGUUUCUUUGUUUUGUAUAUUAUUACGAAACUCUGUAAAUCUGUAAGUAUGGGCGAGUUGUUGUUGCUUGUACAGUUUUAGUUGAAACUUUUCGUCCUUUUGUCUUGGAAACUAUUUGUUUUCUAGAACUGCACUAGCGAGUAUGUCUUCUGCUGGUGUUGUUCUUAGUCCUGUUCAUAUUGAACCCAUUCUUUCCCCUUGUCAAAUUGAUCCCUACGAGCCCAUGCUUUCCCCUUGUCGCAUGAAUUCUGAGCGGGUUCUGUGCCAAAUGGAACCCAUUUCUAUAUUCUUGACCUUUUCACGAUCUACGGUGCCAAUGCGUGUCCUGGAGUCGGAUUCUAUUGAGUCUGUGAAGCUGAGGAUUCAGAACUGCACGGGGUUUGUUGUGAGGAAUCAGAAGUUGGUUUGUAAAGGUCGGGAGCUGGCACGGAGCAAUUCCCUUGUUCGUGAGUAUGGUGUCACUGAUGGGAAUGUUUUGCAUUUGGUCAUUAGGCUUUCUGAUAUUCAAGUCAUUAACGUUAGGACUGUGUGUGGGAAGGAAUUUCUCUUUCAUGUUGGACGGGGAAGAAAUGUUGGGUAUGUGAAACGACAGAUUGCAAAGAGUGAGAAAGAAUUUGAUAAUCUUGAUGAGCAAGAAGUUCUCUGUGAUGGGAAGCAAGUUGAGGAUCAGAUGCUUAUUGAUGAUAUAUGCAAGCCUGAUGAUGCAGUAUUGCAUUUGUUGGUCUGCAGAACUGCAAAAGUUCGGGUCAGGCCUGUUGAGAAGAAUAUUGAAUUGUCUAUUGUGGCACCAAAACCAGAUGAUAGGAGAGAUUAUGUUGCUGGUGAGAAGAAAACUAGAAGACAAUGUGAUGCUGCUGAAGAUUGUUCAAGAGGAUAUGAAGCUCAUGAGGAGAUUGUACCAAGAAAACUUCCUGAUAGGGAUUUUUUUGUGGAUCCGGUUACUGUUAAUCCCAUGGCACCAGAAUGGGAUCAUAGGAGUGCUGAUGUCACCAGUGAGAAGAAAAAUGGAAGACAUUAUGAUGCUGCAGAAGAUUAUUCAAGAUAUGAUGAAGUUGAUAGUACAGUUGUCCCAACCAAACCACCUCAUAUGAAAUUUUUCUUUGAGCCAAUCAGUAAUCCCAAGGUUGAAUUACCUUCGGUGAUGGAGAUGAUUAAUUCCACCUCUUACGGAUUAGAUGGUGGGAACCAUCCAAUUAGGUCCAUGGAGGGCACUGGAGGAGCGUAUUUCAUGCAGGAUGCAACUGGCCAAAAGUUUGUUUCUGUUUUUAAGCCAAUUGAUGAGGAGCCUUUGGCAGUUAACAACCCUCGAGGACUGCCACCAUCACCAGAUGGUGAAGGGUUGAAGAAGGGCACCAGAGUUGGAGAAGGAGCAGUUAAGGAAAUGGCAGCUUAUGUUCUGGAUCAUCCAAAGGGUGGGCUUCCCACAUUAUUUGGUGAUGAGAAGGGUUUUGCUGGUGUGCCGCCAACUGUUUUGAUUAAGUGCGGGCAUAGUGCAUUUAACAAUCCUGAUGACGUUACUGCAAAGCUUGGGUCCUUGCAAAUGUUCAUGGAAAAUAGUGGAAGUUGUGAAGACAUUGGUCCUGGGGCUUUCCCUGUGGAGGAAGUACAUAAAAUCUGUGUGUUGGAUAUAAGAUUGGCAAAUGCAGAUAGGCAUGCUGGAAAUAUUUUGUUGAGCGAAGAUGCUGAUGGAAAGACUCUGCUAAUUCCAAUUGAUCAUGGAUAUUGCUUGCCUAGAAGUGUAAUUUUUUCUCUGUUUUUCUUUUUCUAUGUUGCAACCUGGAAUUUGGCUAAAAGUCUUAUGGUUGUGAGGUCAAUUCUGAGCUUUAAUUUUCUAUUUACUUACUUUGGAGGUUCCUUAAAAUUAUUCUACCUAAGUUUUUCUGCACUGAUGUCUCCAUACACUACUCUGCCCAUUCAAGCUUUAAUUAUUUUCCAUACUCUUUUUCUGCAGUUUGAAGAUUGCACAUUUGAGUGGCUCUAUUGGCCUCAAGCUCAUCAACCUUUCUCGCUUGAGACCAUCAACUACAUUAAGUCUCUGGAUGCUGAAGAAGAUAUUGCCCUUCUUAAAGACCAUGGAUGGGAUAUGCCACUGGAAUGUGCGCGCACACUUCACAUCUCUACUAUGCUCCUGAAAAAGGGAGUUGACAAAGGGCUCACUCCCUAUGCCAUUGGAAGCAUGAUGUGCAGAGAAAGCUUGAACAAGGAAUCUAUAAUUGAGGAGAUUGUCCAAGAAACAAAAGAUUCCAUUCUCCCUGGCGCAAGUGAGGCUUUAUUUCUUGAAACACUUUCUCAUAUCAUGGAUCGCCAUCUUGAUGAGAUUGCUAGGUCAUACCCACAAUAGAAAUGCAGGAUUUCUGGUGAAUAGAAUAGUACGUGGUGAUGGUGUAUAUGUACAACAUGUUAUCAAACGUAGAUAUGCAUGGCCAGAUGACACCUUCCUCACGUUUCUAUGGUAUCAUAUUCACGUACAGAAGCCUUUUAUUUCUUCUUUUAGUUUCUUGUGAUUAUCAAUUCUUUUAUUUACCUCAGUUAGCUUUCUCAUACAUUUAAUUGGAACAAAUAUAUGGUUCCAUUUUUUUUUUUUAAAUCUUUUGCAAAGAUUGUGUUUCCCUCAAGCCUAAAUUUAAGUUGUGCUGCAUUGCAACUUCAGUAGGGUUGGAUCAACUUGGAUACUUUUUGGUUCAAUUUGUAAUACUCCUGUUCCAAUUCCCCCUGCUUUUUUUUAGUUCUAAGCAGAGUAUAUGGAAACUCCUCACUGCUACUUCUGUAGGUAAAUCAAUCCAGGACUUGAGUUAGAACUCACUGCUCUUGAUGACUCAAUGGGGUUCAUCCCCUCAAAAACUGUAAAAACAAAAGCCAUUAGAUUUAGCUCUACUCACUUUGAUGUUAUAAGCUUUGUUGUUAACAUAAAUUUCACGCAACUUG